AUGGCGCCGAGCGCGGAAACAAGGCCACGUCGUCGGCUGCAAAAGUCGCCGAGGCCGUCGAAACCUGCAAAGCCAGAGACAGAGGCAGAGGAGGAGAUUGUUGGCUUCCCAUCGGCAACUACGCCCGGGCUUCAAAGUGUCGGUGCUGGUGCCGAUGCCGCUACCGGUCCAGAAACGUCAAGGGACCCCGACCCCGAGAUCCAAACUCAAACCCAGCCCCAAACUCAAGUGGUCGACUUCGGCACCAGGCCAGCCGAACAGACGGUCGACACCACGUUCGAAGGCGUCUCGGCCGUGACGGCGCGGGCGUCGCACCUCAACGGCCGGUCGUCGCAACCCAGUGGCCGGUCGGCGCGGGAACAGCAGAUCGAGGCGUUCAAGCUGGAAAUGCGACUCCUGUACUUGCGUCAACAGCAACUGGAGAAGCGAUGGGCAGAGGCGGAGGUAGACUCCGACUCCGACUCCGACUCAGACUCGGACUCGGACUUGGAGUCAAAGCAAAAGUCAGAGUCUGAGGCGGCGGAAGGGAAAAGGAAAUCAGAGUCUGAGGCAGCGGAAGGGAAAAUGAAAAGGAAAAGAGAAGGAGAAGGGGUAUUACUUCGGACCAGCAAGGGCCACUACAUCUGCCAACCGGCGGAGCUGGCGACGCGAACCUCCUCGCGCGGGAACGGCUUCUACGAGCUGAUGAAGCGGCUGAAUGUCAAGGUGGGCAUGACAGUCAAGACGGCGGUGAUCCGACUGUUCCUGACCACGUACCGGCUGAAACACAUGCCGUACAUGCACGGGCAACGCAUUGCCAUCAUGGACACCAUCCACGACCUGCAGCCCAGCCAGCGGAACCACUACGCCGCCUUUGUGCGACACCCGCACGCCAUGCUGGUCGUGUGGGACGACGACCCGGCCGCCAUUGUCGACCGCGCCGUGCGGAUCGAGAAACAUCUGGUCGAGAUGCCGUGGGCGAUGCAUUUGGACGACGAGGGGGAGGGGGAGGGCCAAGUCAAGACACACCAUGAUCACCUCAACCAGGACAAGACUCACCAUGACCACGUCAACGAGACGGACCAAGCAUCCUCGUCCUCCUCGUCCUCGUCCUCAUCAUCCUUAUCCCCCGGUGAAGGUGACGAUGACGGUGGCAAAGGCAAAGCCGGUGUAGUGGUCGAGGACGAAGAGGCCGGCAAGGUGUGGGACGGCCCGCGGGCGACGCUGCUGUGGCAGCCGCUGGUGGUGGCGUGCGCGGGGAUCCUGACCGUCUUCUGCCUCUCGAUCGGCUGGCGCGCGCUGGCGAUCGAGAUCAAGAUCUCGCACAACUGGACGCGGCUGCUGCUGAUCAUCGUGUCGCCGCUGCAGCUGUGGCUGGGCUGGUUCUUCUUCAUGACCGUGUGCACCGCCAUCGCGCAGCUGGUCGGCCCCGUGGCCCAGAUGCACCGGAACUCCAAGUACUACUCGGCCGUGCCGUCGAAGCGGCUGACGACUGGGCUGCCAGUGCCAGGGCCAGGGCCUGGGCCUGGAGUCAGCUUAACCACUGGCCCCGACGCCGCGCCGCCGCCGCCGCCGCUGCCGCACGUCACCAUCCAGUGCCCCGUGUACAAGGAGAGUCUGGACGCGGUGAUCCGGCCGACCGUGGCGUCGGUGCAGCGCGCCAUCUCGACCUACGAGCUGCAGGGCGGCAGCGCGGGCAUCUUUGUCAACGACGACGGCUUGCAGCUGCUCCCUGUCGACGAGGCCGCUCGCCGCGUGCACUUCUACGAAGACUACAAUAUCGGCUGGGUCGCCCGUCCCAAGCACGCCCCACACGGCGACGCCCAAGGCCGCAACGUGUUUGUGCGCCCGGGGAAAUUCAAAAAGGCCUCCAAUAUGAAUUACUGUCUGGACAUUAGCAACCGCGUCGAAGACAUAAUGGCCGAAGCCAAGGCCGGAGCCGGAGGCGCAGGCGCAGCUGCAGGUGCAGGACCCGAAGACCGCCCCCGAAAUUGGAAUCAAGAAGAUUGGAAUCAAGAAGACGAAGACCGCCUCUACCGCUGGGCCCUGGACGCCGUGAUCGAGCAGGACCGCGGCCGCACCUGGGCCGCGGGCGACAUCCGCAUCGGCGACUACAUCCUCCUGAUCGACUCGGACACGCGUGUGCCCGAGGACUGCCUGCUCGACGCCGUGUCGGAGAUGGCGGCGACGCCCGAGGUGGCCAUCAUCCAGUUCUCGUCGGGCGUGCUGAACGUCACCACCAGCUUCUUCGAGCGCGCCAUCACCUUCUUCACCAACCUGAUCUACACGUCCAUCCGCUUCGCCGUGGCUUGUGGCGACGUCGCCCCGUUUGUCGGCCACAACGCCCUGCUGCGCUGGUCCGCCGUCCAGGAUAUUCGUUAUGUCGACUAUUCCGACCCGACUGAGGCGGUGGCUGACAACAGGUGGAAGUGGAGGUGGAGGUGGAAGUGGAAGCGUGGCAAGUCUGGGUCCGGCAGUCAAGUGAGAGGGAACCAAGAACAAGAUCUAGAAAAAGGUCAGAAACAAGAUCAAGAUCAAGAAAAUGAAAAAGACAGCCAAGGAAGCGGAAGCAGAAGUGGAGAAGGCACCGGCCAAGAAAAUAAAAAAGACAGCCAAGGGGGCGGAAGCGGAAAAGACACCGGCACCCGCACCCGGACCGGAACCGAGAAAUACUGGGCGGAAAACACCGUGUCGGAAGAUUUCGACAUGGCGCUCCGGCUUCAGUCCCUAGGCUACAUCAUCCGCUACAGCACCUACUUCGGGCCGGACUUUAAAGAGGGCGUGUCGCUGACCGUGUACGACGAGCUGGAGCGGUGGGAAAAGUACGCGUACGGCUGCGCCGAGCUGGUCUUCCACCCGUUCUGGCAGUGGCCGACGCGCGGGCCCUUCACGCCGCUGUUCCGCCGCUUCUUCUUCGGCCCGGGCAUCAGCUGGAUGGGCAAGAUCACCAUCAUGUCGUACGUCGGCACCUACUUCGCCAUCGGCUCCGCCUGGCUGCUCACCCUGCUCAACUACUUCCUGCUCGGCUGGUUCAACGGCUACCUCGACAAGGACUACGCCGAGAGCUUCAACGUCUACUUCGGCCUCGUCAUCGUCUUCCAGGCCGCCGGCUCCGUCAGCCUGGCCGUGCUGCGCUACCGCGCCGAGGGCCGCUCGCUGCUCGCCUGCCUGAUCGAGAACAUCACCUGGAUGCUCGUCAUAACCAUCUUCCUCGGCGGCAUCUCCCUGCACGUCUCCGGCGCCCUCGUCCGCUACCUGCUCGGCAUCGACAUGUCCUGGGGCGCCACCGCCAAGGAGGCCACCGACACCUCCUUCUUCCGCGAGAUCCCCGUCAUCAUCCAGAAGUUCAAGCUGACCUUCAUCUACUGCAUCCUCUCCGUCGCCAUGGUCCUCGUCCUCGCCGGCGUCGGCCCCCUCGGCGCCCUGCUCCGCCACGACUGGAGGAUCACGAGCUUCAUCGCCAUCUACCCCCAGAUCAUCAUGGUUGCCAUGCACUUUCUGCUGCCCUUGGUCUUGAAUCCCGGCUUGAUGCAUUUUACCUUCUAG